CGGGAAGUAACAUUGAGAUCUGCAUUGCGGUGACCGUGUGGGGUUGCAGCCGUACGUAUCCCAUUACAGCACACCUUUGAGGACUUCCUGAGAUAUGGACGAAAAUGAGCCUUCUAGCGAUUAUGAGGAGUAUACGUCCGAGACGGGCGGGACAUCGACAGAGGACACCAGCUCUGGCUCAGAGAGCACCGAUUAUGAGACGGCGGAUGCUGCAUCGACCAGUAGCACAGGAAGGCGCGCUGGCCAGAACAAUCUGGAUAAACCUGAAGCAUUUAUCGGAUAUGACGAAAUGGUUACUGGUACUGCGUGUACCCGUCAGAACAAUCCAAGCGCACGGUUGCGUCCGGGUCACUACGACUCUAACCCUCGUGCAAAUCAUGCAAACAAGGUGACUGUAAGUGCAAACGGCGUAGCCACGCAGCUAUCGUCCAUGCACUUUGAUUCACUCAUUCAGCAAAACCCAGACACACACAGUUCAGAUCUCCCAGAGGUCGUUGAGCUACAAAGAGGUAAGCUGAGCAAAUAUAAUCAGCUGGCACACUCAAGUACUCCGAUGUGUAAAAUUAAAGAAGAAACGAGUGGCAAUGCCUCGCUUUCGCUCAACGAGUGUAGUCUUCCGGGGAUGGGAUCCGGCACGGCUGUCGUUAAAAAGCAGCGUAAGCACCACACUGAUGCAUUUUCGAGCCUCGGUGAUGACAUGGCGAACUUAACAGACCGCGGAGAAGCCAAGAAGAUAACCGGCGUGGACUGCGCAGAAGUCGAUGCUGACGCAAGAAAAUAUAGAGGCCAGCCAGUGGUGGACUGUGGAAAUGAUCAGCAUUCAUUGAAAGAGGCAGAAGCAAGAGAAAAUCUGGCUGUGAUUGACGGUGCCAAGUCGGCGUCACGUCGGGCGCUGAAGACGGCCGGCAGGCGGCGCGCCUCCGCCAGGGCGGCGCCACCGGUUCGGUUCGAGGUGGAGCUGCAGUCGAACUGGGGCAGCGAGGAGCGGGUGGGGCUGUCACAAUUCUGCUUCUUGGACGGUCACGGCAGGAAAGUGCAGGUGGCGGCGCAACGUGACCUGGUGUCCGUGACGGGGGUCAGUGACCUGGCGAGCACGAGGACCGUAUCGAAGCUGUUCGGUACCAGCGAUCAGGUGGGCGGCAGCGGCUGGACGUGCCCGUUCAACUCCUCGCCCGUGUCGCUGAAGCUUCUGCUGUACCCGACUGACGGGAAGAUCAGCGCAGUGAAAGUUCGGAACUACGGCAGCAGCGUCCGAGAGCAAGGCAUCGGCGUACGUGACAUUCAGUUGCGUAUGGAUGGCAGGCUGGUAUACAAUGGUGAGCUGCGUAAGGGUAAUAGCCAGCCAUCGGUGAUCAAGGAGAGCUGGAGCCAGCUGGAAGCUUUCAACCUGCAGCAGCGCGGCCGUCUGGUCAACAGUGCGUUGGACGACGCCGCGUCCUGGACGGCCUGCUCGUCACCCGCCGACAUCAACGUGCUGCCCGAGUAUAAUCGCGACCCGCGCGUCGUGACCAACCUGGUGGACGGCGUGAACCGCACGCGCGACGACAUGCACCUUUGGCUGGCGCCGUUCACGCCCGGCGGCGAACCACCUGGUGGCACGUGCGUGCGGCGACACGCUGGGAGGCACGGAGGCGUUCGCGACACGAUCCUCUUCACCACCGACGACGCCGUGCUGGAGCGCGUGUCGCGACACGACGCGUCGUUCGCCGCCGAGCCGGCCGAGGCGCCCGAGAACGGUGGCGCAGGACCCGGCUGA